AUGUCGUGGAAGAGGAACUACUUUGCGUCGGGCGGAGGCGGCGGAGGGAUACACGGACUGGUCACUCCCAGAAAUAUGAACUCCAUCGCUCCGAGUAAAGGGUUAAGUAACGAGCCCGGACAAAACAGCUGCUUCCUGAACAGCGCCUUACAGGUUCUGUGGCAUCUGGACAUCUUCAGGAGGAGCUUUCGACAGCUGACCACUCACAAAUGCAUGGAGGACUCCUGUAUCUUCUGCGCCCUCAAGAGUAUCUUCGCUCAGUUCCAGUUCAGCAGUGAGCGGGUCUUGCCCUCUGACCUCCUGCGUUCGGCUUUGGCCAAAACCUUCAAAGACGAGCAGCGAUUCCAGCUUGGCAUCAUGGACGACGCCGCUGAGUGCUUCGAGAAUCUGCUGAUGCGUCUCCACUUCCACAUCAGCGCCGAGAGCAGAGAGGACAUCUGCACCGCCAAACACUGCAUCCCCCAUCAGAAGUUUGCCAUGAUGCUCUUUGAACAGUGCGUUUGUACCAACUGUGGAGCCACUUCAGACCCGCUCCCGUUCAUCCAGAUGGUCCACUACAUCUCCACCACGUCUCUAUGCAGUAACCAGGCGGUGAGGAUGUUGGAGUGCAGAGACAAGCCGACUCCGGACAUGUUUGGGGAGCUGCUCCGAAAUGCAUCCAACAUGGGCGACCUCAGGAACUGUCCCAGUAACUGUGGAGAGGUGCUGCGGAUCCGGCGGGUCCUCAUGAAUUCGCCGGAGAUCGUGUCCAUCGGUUUGGUUUGGGAUUCGGAUCAUUCGGAUCUGGCAGAAGACGUCAUUCACAGCCUGGGAACGUGCUUACGUCUGGGAGAUCUGUUCUUUCGUGUGACGGAGGAGCGAGCGCGUCAGGCGGAGCUGUACUUGGUUGGAAUGGUUUGCUACUACGGCAAACACUAUUCCACCUUCUUCUUCCAAACCAAGCUCCGGAAGUGGAUGUACUUUGACGACGCUCACGUUAAAGAGAUUGGGCCCAAGUGGAAGGACGUUGUGUCUCGCUGUAUAAAGGGCCACUACCAGCCUCUGCUGCUGCUCUACGCUGACCCCCGUGGGACCCCGGUAGUACUGCAGGACAGCCCCAGCCCCUGUUUUAGUCCUAACCCUCAUCUGGAGCUGCACGUCAGCACCAAGGCCGGAUACGACAGUGAAGACUCAGGUCGUGAGCCGUCCAUCUCCUCAGACACUCGCACAGACUCCUCCACAGACAGCAGCGGUCACAGACCCCGCCCCCGCCCGUCGCACCACUCCCCCGGGUCCCACCUCUCCACCGACUCUCAGGCCACUGUGGUGUGUAACUACCAGACUGGGACUACCACGCAGGGACCGGACAUCAGAGGUAGUGUAUUAUCGCUGACAGCUGUGUGUACACCAAACACCUCCUCCUCCUCUUCCUCUCGCCCGCUCUCCUCCUCCUCUUCUUCUCAUCCACUCUCCUCCUCCUCUUCCUCUCGCCCGCUCUCCUCCUCUUCGUCGUCUGGAGUCGGGGGCUGUGAGGGAGGGGUCGGGGGGCCGCACUGGGAGGAUGACAGCACCAGCAGCGAGAGCAAGUCCAGUUCUUCUGGAAGUCGUUACCGGCCGACCUGGAGGCCCCGGAGAGAGGCCCUGAACAUCGACAGCAUCUUCACCCGACAGAAGGCCUCGUGCGUGGGCUACAGCGCUCCGCCGGUGCCCCCUCUACCUCCAGAGCUCCAGGACUCCUUCCCCGCGCCCGGCCCUGCUCCUCCCCCUCCUCCUCCUCUGCAGCAGGGGGCGGCAGAGGCAGAGGGCAGGGAGGAGGCCAUGGGACCCCCGGCCGCUCCGCCCCUGCCCCGAGGAGCGGAACACCAACCACGGCUCAUACAGAGGAUGGAGAGCGGCUACGAGAGCAGUGAGAGGAACAGCACCAGCCCCGACAGAGCAGAAAUGACUCGUUCUUGCGUUUGUCCUGACAGGGAGGUGGGUCAACAGAAGCGCGCCCUGAUGUCUGGACCUUCGUGGAGAUCAGUGCCAAAGUCCAAAAGCAGCGGCGCCAUUUUACAAGAGACGCCUCGGGACGCCACCAACACAGGCCCCGGGCGCAGUGAGCUGGACGAGCUGCAGGAGGAGGUAGUGAGGCGGGCGAGACAGCAGGAGACGCAGAGACGCAGAGAAGCAGAGAGAGAAGCCGCUCGAGGAUUCAACCCUAAACCCAGCAAGUACCUGGAUCUGGACCAGCUACAGCACCAGGCCGUGCUCAGACCCCUGCAUGAGGCUAACGCUCAUAGUGGAUUGGCAGUAGCUGCGUGCAUGAGGAGCAGUGGCGGUCCAAUCAAACGCAGGCAGGAUCAGGAGGCGGGACGGGAGACAGGAAGCGCCCGUCCACAGUGUCCUCGCAGUGAACAACCUGGCCCGGUCCAAGUACUGCUGACGCCCAAUCAGGACGAAGAAGAGGCCCAGGGAUCGGCGAAUCAGGACGCAACAUUCACCUCGGACCCGCCCCCUCCUCCUCCUCCCCCACCACCCUAUCGCCCUCCUUUUUAUGCCAGCCACCCCUGCUCCCCUCAGGCUGGCUGCGCUGGGGGAGUUCUGGGGGAGGGAGGAGAUCCAGGGACAGGGGUGAGGUUGGGUGAGUUGCUCCAGGCCGGAGGGGUGAGCGUGCGGCCUCUGGGGAAACACUUGGCCAUCUCUCUCCCCUCCCUCCCCCUUCGCCUUUGGGAUACGACUCCGCAGACCCGGCCCCCAGCGCCCCCGCCCCCCGUAGAAACACCCAGACCGCAGUCAAAUCCAAUGUGGCAGCCGCCGCGCCCGCACUCCCCCACGCGGCACUGGUCGUCGUGGAGUUUGGACCGUCCCGAUGCCGUGGUAACGCCGUACGACACGCCCCCGGAUCGCUGUCACUCCAUUCGGUCCUCGCAGUCGCUCGUCUACAGCUGUCAGUCCUCCCCCGCGCACUACAGCUCCCAGCAUGCACCUGGGCAGGCACACGGCGAGGAAGCGGAGCUAACAGAACUGGACUCGCUGUACCAGGCCAGUCUGCAGGCUGGGAGGACAGUGUGCAGUCCAUCAGAGAGGCUGAUUUCUCGAGUGGGGGGCCCGGCUCGUUCAAAGACCCCAAACGCAGACAUGGAGAGGACCAUGUACUGCACCGGCACCCCCACCUACCUCAACAAGCCAAUGGUGUUUCGAGAUCGGGCGUUGGGGGCGGGGCCUGAGGACAGUGAGAGCCUGCGGAGAAUCGGACGCAGCCUGAGCGGGACAGUGGUCUCUUCCCGGCGUCACAGACUCACCGCCACACGCAGCUUUGAGGUGACGGGCAGCACGGGGAGCUUCUGGCUUUGUCUCACUGGAGUCAAACUGUCCUCAGACCAGAGUCCUGCGCUGUUCCACUGAUGUACUCCAGAUGCCCCGCAGACUCUCCCCUCUCCUCUGCCCUCUGCUGGUGGGACUGUCCUCUCAACAACA